AUGGAAGGCUCUUCUAGAUCAUCUAUCGGUGCACCAAUCAGUGGCACCAACGCUACAGGGAAGCUUAUGGCUCUCAAGAGAGAUAAAGCCGAGGUUGCAUCAGGAGUUGUUACGGGUAAGUUCUUAGUCAACAACAAACCUAUGUAUGUUUUAUUUGAUUCUGGAGCAUCUCAUUCUUUCGUUGCAUCUUUGUGUGUAUCAAAGUUGCUUUUUUCUAGUUCGCUUGAGAUAAAUAGUAAGUUUGCACAACCAUCAGAUUUGAUAGAGUUUCCUCUAGAUAAUUUUGAUAUUAUCUUGGGUAUGGAUUGGCUGAGGAACUACAAGAGAUACCUGGGUUACCACCUCCGACAACAGUUGAUUGGACGAUUGAGCUUGUACCAGGCACCUAGAGAGACAGCGGAGUUAAAGGUGCAAUUGCAAGAAUUGUUGGAGAAGGUUUAUAUACGCCCGAGCAUGUCUCCUUGGGGCGAAACUGUUCUUUUUGUCAAGAAGAAAGACGGGACCUAUAGGCUAUGUGUAAAUUAUCGAGAGCUCAACCGUGCUACUGUGAAGAACAAAUAUCCGCUUCCUAGGAUUGAUGACGUGUUCGAUCAGCUCAGAGGUGCAUCGGUGUUCUCUAAGAUUGAUUUGAGGUCUGACUAUCAUCAGUUAAACAUUUCGCCAGAAGAUAUCCCUAAGACGGCCUUCAGAACACGAUUUGGGCAUUAUGAGUUAACAGUCAUGCCCUUUGGUUUGACCAACGCACCGGCGGCAUUCAUGGCCCUCAUGAAUAACAUCUUUACCUUGUAUCUUGACUAG